CUUCGGUCAAGUUCAUUUCGUUCACUCAUUUAUGUCAUCGCCAAAUAAUCACAGCUCACAAUAUUGGAAGAAUUGACCUAUUUUCGUAAACAAAUUUUAAAAAAUAACCUUCUUCGCAGGUAUUUUGGGGAGAUUUCAUUAAACUACAAUGGCUAACACAAAGGACGAACCAGUCAUUCUGGCACAUGAAUGUUAUGUAAAAAAGGACUAUACAGGAGCGUUGCAGCACCUCAAUGAGUUGGAAAAUCUGAUUGGAAGUAGCAAUAAGCGAGUGCAGCAUAAUAAAGCAGUGGUCGAGUUCAUGAUCAGUGACAUGAAGAACGUGGACAAGUUAAAAAAGAACGUUGCACAGUUAACAGGCCUCGCAUUUGCGGAAAUCGACACGAAAGACCUCAGCUCCCCAUUCUUGUUGUACAACUAUGCUGUGUUAUUGUACCAUUCGAGAUAUUACUACCAGUGUACGGUUAUACUAGAGCGGUUACUGGCUUCUAAGAAUGUUAAGGACAAUAAACUAUUUCAGCAAAUAGUCUUACUGCUCCUAGAAGCUACUCUCUGUAGACGGACCUAUGAGAAAACUUUGGAAGUUGCUAAAGUUCAUGGCGAGCCACUCAAAUCUAAUAAUGAAGUAAGUGAGCUGUUUGAAAGGCUUGUGAGUAGAGCCCAGUUGUUACUAGGACAGAAAAUAAAGUUAAAUCUUAAACCUGACUCAAUAGAAAAUGUAUUUAUUAUAGCACAACAGCAAUACCUAAAUGGAGAUGUUAAAGAGGCAGCAACAACCCUAGGACAAUACAAAACACUGAAGUAUAAUUAUGACUUGAAGACUCAAGGGGAAGACAUAUGGGCAGCCAUAAAUAAUAACCUUGGUGUAAUUUAUUUGUCUAUAAAAAAGCCAUUUCUAGCAUCAAAAUAUUUUCAGCAUGCUGUAAAGGAACAUUUUAAAGCUAUGGAAUGUGAGGACAGUGAGAAAUUGAUAGCAUGUAGAGACAGACCUCUUUAUGUGUUUAACUUGGGCCUAGCAUUACUGGCAGCUAACAAUUCUGAAGGUGCUUUUGAGUGUUUAGUUGAAGCUGCUCGUCACUAUCCAAACAACCCUAGAAUCUGGCUGCACUUAGCAGAAUGUUGUGUUAAAAAGUGUUGUAGUGAAGAAGCACAACAGUAUACAGUUAAGAAAUUAGGCAGUGGACCACACACCCGCAUCUUGUUGUCAAAAGAAGGAAAAGAUAAAUAUUCAACAUCAGGAGAAUCAUUUGCCAUCCCAUCACUAUCAUUAGAGUUUGCAGCACUAUGUUUAAGAAAUGCUAUAACAUUACUACCUAACCAGGAAUUGCCUGCUGAUGCUACUGUGCCUAUUAUUCAAGCUCCACCAGGCCCACCUAUUAACUGGAAACAGAGAUGUGAUCUGAAAAAUUCUACAUUAGUUCUCCAGAGUUAUGUGUUAUUACAUCUACAGGAUCCACUGUCAGCCCUCAUGAGUGCAAAUGAAUUGUUAAAUCAGCCAGAGCCAUCAAGUUGCCAUAAAGCAUGGGCACAUAUUUAUGCAGCCGAGGCACUCAUAAACUUGGACCGAAUAGCAGAUGCAGUGGAACAUCUAAACCCACCGAUGAUACAUGAUCUAGUGUCAGUAUUGCCAAAUCAAAUGAAAGAUAUGAUUGCAGUGAGUGUGUGGGCGAAAGCAGCAGUGUGUCACAUCUUAAGAGGUGACUUAGUAACUGCAAGAAAGAUACUUUUACAAAUAAAUUCGCCACGAGUUCUACCACUGCAAAUGUAUUUAGAAAUAUGUACAGGAAAUAUAGAUAAUUGCCACACAUUACUAAGAAAACUCAGGUUUACAAAUUUAUCACAAUGACUUGUUUAAAUAAUAAUAAAUGUCUAUUUACCUACA